ACCUGUCCCUGUCAGGAAAUCGCCAGCGGCAGCGGGCGACGUCAUUUCCGGUACACUUGACGCUUCACCCCGCGAUUUGAAGUAGUCGUUUAUAUUCCACUCGCUGUAACUUUCCGUGACUUUGGUCUGCGUGACGUUUAAACGCUGUUGUGAUGGACGCCGGACCCGAACCCGCUCGUGUGACGUCACGCGCGGCUCGCUGACGCAGCAAAGCGGAAGCGGCGGAACAGCUGAUUCCGACCACGUGGGAGGAGGAGAUGGAGAAGCUGCUGCGCUGCUUCACGGAGCGGCCCGGGGCCGCGGCCAGGCUGCUCUGCUUCCCCUGGGCCGGGGGGGGCGCCGUGCACUACGCCCGCUGGGGGGCCGCGCUGGGCGGCUCCGUGGAAGUGAUGGCCGUCACCCUUCCCGGCCGGGAGAGUCGGGCCAGAGAGCCGUUCUUCCAGAACAUGCAGCAGAUCGUGGACGAGGUCAUCGGGGCGUUGCUGCCGCUGCUGAAGGAGAAGCCGUUUGCCUUCUUCGGCCACAGUUUUGGCGCCUUCACCUGCUUCGCUGUUGCCGACGCUCUGAAGAAACUUCACAACAUGGAACCGGCUCACAUCUUCCUGUCGGGUGCUUCUGCUCCGUUUUCAGAUAUUCGUGUAAAAGCUCCGAAGCGCAGCGAGCUCUCGGACGAGGACUUCCUCGGGUGGCUGACGUCGGUGGGAGGAACUCCUCCGGAGCUGCUGGCGAACCCCGAGGUGCUGAAGCUGUUCCUGCCGGCGCUGAAGGCCGACCUGCACGUGGUGGAGAACUACAGGUGCAACAAGCCGGAAGCGCCGCUCCUCUCCUGCGCCAUCACCUGCUUCGACGGGAAGGAAGACGUUCCUCACGACUUGCAGGGUCAGUUCUUUAUCGCCUCCCUGGAGGGACGUCACGUCUGGAGAUUUCACCAUCAGGAUGUUUGACGGGGCUCAUUUCUACCUGAAGGAGGCUGGAAAUGAAAAGAUCCUACUGGACUACAUCACCAAGCACUUAGAGAUGCUGGAAAUUGACUAUUUAUGAUCCGCAAGCCCCGCCCACUGUGUUCUAAUCCCUGUUUUGGAUAUUAAUGAAUAAAUGUGGCAUGUUCUCUGUACGGUUCAGCUGUUUAAAGGAGCCGUCUGUAAGAAAUGUCCAAAACUGGUACUGCAGUCACUUUCAAAAUAUUGUUGAGCGGCGUGUACCCUCCCCCUCCUCCCCCCGACCAGAGGUUGCCAGGUAGGCUGCAGAAUGCAGCAGGAACGUAGGCUGCCAUGGCUGCCAUAAUUAGAGCCGAGCUGGCAACCCGGAUGUCGAAACAAUACUGACUUGGUGAUUGGGAGAUAGGUGGAGGGUGGAGCUUCAGAAACAAUACUGACUUGGUGAUUGGGAGAUAGGUGGAGGGUGGAGCUUCAGAAACAAUACUGACUUGGUGAUUGGGAGAUAGGUGGAGGGUGGAGCUUCAGAAACAAUACUGACUUGGUGAUUGGGAGAUAGGUGGAGGGUGGAGCUUC